AUGUUGGGUCCAUUGGGGUUCCUGUCUAAAUAUAUUAGAGAACAUCAUCAUUCUCUCAUGUACAACGGCUGGUGGUUGGCUUUGAUGAUUCAUGUGGCUGAAGCUCUCUAUAGUCUGAAACUGAUGAAUAAAGGACUGAACAAUGCAGUGACUUUCCUAUGGUUUGUUCAGACCUUUCUGUUUGGGAUUGCCUCUCUUGGUCUACUGCUCAAAUACCAGCCUGAGCCCUUGCCCAAACAACACUGA